AUGUCGUCAAUCAAGCGCGUGGCCCUCGCAGGAGCCAGCGGCAACGUAGGCAGUCAAGUCCUUCACGCCUUGCUCGCCCAGGACUUCACCGUGACCAUCCUCACCCGCAAGCCUGCAACCGCAACGCCCUUCCCCGCAGCAGCCACCGUCAAGCAAGUCGACUUCACCUCUCCUGCCUCCCUCACUGCAGCACUAGCCGGCCAAGACGCCGUAAUCGACACGACCUUUUCCCCGGACAUCGACACCCCGCUCCGUCUCAUCGACGCCGCCGCCGCAGCCGGCGUCUCUCGCUUCAUAACAAGCGACUUCGGCCUUGACCCCACCAACCCAGGAAUCCACGCACUCCCCGUCUUCGCCCGCAAAAAGGCCGCCUACGAAGCCGUGCAGCGUCACGCCGCCGCAUCCCAACUCACCUACACCGUCGUCGCCUGCGGGGUCUUCCUAGACUGGGCUCUGAGCUCCGGUUUCGCAGGUCUGGACCUCCACUCCCGGAAAGUCCGUAUCUUCGGCACCGGAGACAACGUCGUCCCCUGGACGAUGCUGGAGGAUGUAGGCCGCGCGACGGCGGCGGUGCUGCUGCAUCCUCAGGAGACGCGGAAUCGGGCGGCGUAUGUGCAUUCGGUGUAUCUGUCGCAGAAUCAGCUGGUCGGAGUGGUGAAGAAGGUGCUGGGUGGGGAGGGGUGGGAAGAGACGAGGGAGAGGGAUAUGCAGGGGUUGUUGAAGGGAGCGUUGGCAGACCUCAGGGAGGGGAGGGAAGUGACGGCUACGACGAUUGAGGUGCAGAUUCAGUAUUGUAUAGCUACGCGGGAGUUGGCGUAUCCGUGGGAGAGGGAUGAUAAUGAGCUGUUGGGGGUGAGGGCGUGGGGGGUCGAGGAGGUGGAGGGGUUGGUUGCCAGGGUUGUUGGUGGAGUCUGA